GCACUGUUUUUCCCCGGUUCCUAUAUUCUAUCUAAUUCAAAAGGUGGUAACGAAACCUACCCUCAUAUCACAGAAACAAACAGGAAACUACGCACUAAGCUAUUUCAACUUUUGAUUUUAAUAGUUUAAUCUCAUUGAGAAAUUAUAUUAUUGUGCCGAAUUUUUUGGCGUAGAAUUUUUUCUUGCUAAUUUUUGAUUAAAACAUUUAAGUAAUAAAAAUAAAGACAUCGUUCGACACCUUUCUUAUAAACACGUGUUUGACUUUAUAAUUUCAAAUAAUUUAGCAUGGUUAUUAUUAAAAUAUUUGUUAAUAUAUUUAUAUUACUUAGAUUUUUUCAAAAAAAAAAUCACUGAUUUCAAUUAACGAGUUUUUUCUUCUUUCUAAUGUGUAACUAUUAAUCAUUUUUAUGUAAAAUUUCGUGCAACUUAAUUAUUAUUAAUCAUCAGAUAUUAUAAUAUGGACCCAAGACCUAAAUAUUCUGGAAAUAAAAUGGAUCCUGGGAGACGCAUGGCGCAGUUAGCUCUUAGACAAGCAAUAAGCUCCAAGUUAAGUUUAACAUCUUCAUUUAAAAGAGAAUAUGACAAAAAAAAGAAAGAUAAAUGGAAAAAUAAAAUGGAUAAUUUUCAAGAACAAGGUUUGAAAGCCUGCUUAGUUCCACCAGAGAUAGCUGAAAUCAUGAGAAAGGUUGAAGAACAUAAAACAAACAUUAACACCAUUGAAAGAAAAAUCACAUCUGAAUGCAACAAAGUACCAAAAGGUAGAGGCAGAGGUAAACCACUUUCAAGCCAUUCCAAAUUUUCUGGUGCUUAUAGCAAAGGUUUGGAAGCUUCCCAUUACAAUGGCGAUAUGCAGGAUUUCUCUAAUAGAGAUCCUGUUAAAAAGAUUACUGAUAUCAUGAAGAUUGGAGAAAGUAAAACAAGCGUUAAGGAAACUGAAAGAAAAGCGUCAUCGCAAAAUGACCAAGUUUCAAAAGGCAGGGGAAGAGGCAGAGGCAAGCCACCCUCAAAACAGCCUGGAGUAUCCAAUGUGUUCGGUAAAAAAUCUGAAACAUUCAUCGUGCCAUCCACUCGACUAUUACAUCAACUUUCUUCAUCCAGUGAAAAUGACAUUCCAAAAGCUUUCACUCCUUUAUAUUCUGACUUUGCUGCUUGCAACACAAAAACUUCAUUGGAGUCAGAUAUUCUAAAAACUAAUUUCAAGCAUAAAUCUCAGAUCUCUAUUUUAUCAGCUAGUGGUGAUGACUUUCUUAACUUGUCACAUAUGAAUGAAAUUAGACAAAAGAACUUGUGUCACAGUGACACACACUUAUCUGCUAUCAGUGAUCAAGGAUAUUCCUCAUCCUCUAGCUUGUUUUUUAGGGAUAACAAAUUUUCUAAUUUGAUGCCAACUAGAGAUUUUAGUUUGCAAAAAAGUGAGAAUUCGUUUAUCCUUGACAAACAAAUAUCUAUUGCAAGUGAUCAAGGUUACUCCUCAUCCUCCAGUGUAUUUAUUAAUGACAACAAUAUUAGUUUGAAAGAAAAAGAGAAUUUAUUUAUUCAUUCUAGUGAUCAAAAAUAUUUUAUUUCUCCUUCUUUGAAAGAUACCAUUCCAGAACUAGAUACUUCUAUCAAAGUUUGUGAUAACAAUGAAGCAAUAUCAUUAAAGCAGAAUGAAAAUAAUUUCAUCUUGCCUUUUCACUCUCGAUAUAAUUCUAGUGAAAAUAAAGUAACUGAUUUAUUUACGGGUCAAUCCAAAUCUUGUAUUGAAGAAAAUAAUUUGCGAAAAUUUAAUGCUACUCAAAAUGAUAGUCAUUAUUCAUUACAAACGAUUUCAAAUCAGUUUCCAAUUCCUGCCAAUCUUAAAGGUGUUUUUUAUGAUAAUGAUGAGAGUGAAUCUGAUCUAGAAAUUUCAAAUGUCAAAAGUGAUAACACGUAUUUUUCACACUGUGAGGAAAUAGAACCCGAAGACAAGUAUAUCGAUGAGUUGAUUGACUCAUUUAUUGAUAAGCCUAUUGACUUAUCAACUGGUGAUUCAGAAGACCAGUACAUAGAUGAGUUGAUUGACUCAUUCAUUGAUAAGUCUGAUAAAAAUGUUAAUAAUUUAAUGGACUCUUUUAUUGGCAAUCCAGAAGAUGAGUAUAUAGACGAUUUGAUUGAUUCAUUUAUUGGUAAAAAAUCCAAUGUUUUGAAUGAAAAAACUAAUGAAGAAAAUACAAAUGUAAAUUUUUCAAAAGAAUCAUUUUUAGCUGAUUCCUGUGAUAUUUUGUCUCUGUUAUCUCUUGGGAAAUAACAAAGAGCAAUAUGCAAAUCAAAAAUUCUAAACACUUAUGUCAAAACAUUGACUUUUAUUUUCAUAUUGCAUAGUUUCAGAUUGAGGAUAUUCCUGUAAUGGUAUCUGCUUCUAUCAACAACCAUCAUCAAGGUGCUUAAGUUUUUUUGUCGUUUCAAAAAAUUUAAGAAAAGAAAAAUUAUGUUGUGGUUUGCCCAGGGGUGGUUACUAGCUAUGCCCUUCUAUUUGAUCCCCUUUUGCGAUAUUUUGUUAGUUUCUUGCUGGCUAGUGCAUGGUUAUCACCAAAAUUUGGUGACUAUUUUUUAUGUAAAUUUAGUCCCUUCUGAUCCAAUGUAUAAAACUCUUGAUUCUUUGAAAAAAAAUUUGUUUAGAUUGUUGUAAUAAUUGUUAGAUAUGUUAAAGUUUAUUUUUAUCUCAAUAAAAUCAGGGAUGUUCAACUCUUUUCUGUUACAAUAUUCUAUGUUGAGGGCUAUUAUUAACAUAAAGCUGUAUUCAUAAAUGUAGGGUGUAUUUGAAUUAUUUUUGAAAGUAAUAUGAAUGUCCAAAAAAUGUGCAACUAGUUUUCUUUACUCUGAUGCUAUAACACCUACAAAUAUUUAUUUGUGGGUGUGUAGUUACCUAGUGGCAGAAUUACGGCGACAUUGCCACAGAACGUUAAGAGUUUUUGCAAAAAGAUUUUUCAUUAGGGAAGGAAAAAUUUUGGUUUUCCUUUCUCAGAGGUGAUUGUGAGCCCAAGUCAAAAUUCCGGAAAAUUUCUUGAGUUUAAAAAAAAAAAAAAAAAAAACAGUUUAAAUUGAAAAAAUUUGAACAAGGUUUUUUCUUCCUUUUUCUCAAUAUUUCGUAGUUUACUUAAAAUAUAUUUAAAAUUUUACAUAUACCUAUACCAUUUACACAUGCCUAUGAUGACCUGGAGAAGUAAUUAAAAUUUACAAAUAUGUCUUUCUUUCUUGAGUUUAUGAUUAUAACUAUUUGCUGAUAAAACUAUUGCUGUGUUUCACGUUUGAAAAUUUGAUUUCGGGAAACUUCUGUGAUCAAUGAUUUUUUUAAACGUCUGGACCUUCGAUCUCCGGAAACUUCCGGAUCACGGUUAGCGGAAAUCCGGAUUUUUUCCGGAGCACAAUCAGCCCUGCUUUCUGCAUAAUUUUUCCAAAACAAUUUUUUUUUUCUUCUGCAGAAUCUUUUUCAAAGAUGUUUUUUUGCACACCAGGAAAGAAAUAAUUGUGAUUUCUCUAUUCUCAUUUGAGAUUUUUUUUAAAAAAUCGGUAUUGACUGGCUUCAGCCAGAAUUUCAAAUUAAUAAUAUAAAAUAAAAAAAUUCAGAAAUCGCGAAAGUUUAAAAGAUAGAUCGCUUUAGAAAUGAUAUUCUUUCUUCCAUUUUUUUCUUUUAAGAACACCAUAUUUUACAUACACUUAUUUGAGCAUAUCUUUUUAAAAGAGUGCUAUUCGAGUGAUUCAUGAUUUUUCUUGUGGGAGUUACUGCAUGGAUUUUACUAUUUUUAAUUUAUGUACAAAUUCUAAUUUAUUCAGGCAUGAAAGUUUUCAGCUUUUACUCUGAAUUCAGCUUUUUUCAAAGCUUUUUAAGCUCCAUACAUUUAUUAAUUUCAUAAUGUUUGAUUGCGUUUAUGUAGAAUUCAGCUUUUUUUGCUAACUGGUACUUUCAUCCCUGUUUAUUAUUGUUUAAUUUAUUUACAAUUUUCAAUUUGUGUAUUAAUUACAAAAUUCGAAAGAAGAAAUAUUUAGUGCAUUUUUCUGCAUACAAAAUGCGAGAAUAUUGCAUACAGUAUUAGAAUUAAAAAAAUAUUACUUUUACAAUUAAACUUUUUUAUACAUUUUUAUUUAUACUUUCUUCUGUAAACACAACAUUUCUGCCACUUUAAAUUAGUAAUUGUUAUAAUUGAAAGUAUCUUAAAGCAAAAUAUUAGUGCUAAGGAAAUUAGUCGCAGAAAGCCUGAAAAAAUUCUGCCACAGAGUGUAGUUAUAAAAUUGAUAGACGUAGUUACAAUAGAAGUCAAAAAGCUUUAUCAUAGGUUGAAUCAUCCAUUGUUUCUGGGUCAUAGGUUGAGUCAUCCAUAAAUAAAUAUUACUAGUAUUAUUAAAACUAUGCAAGCAUAAAAAUGUUUUAUCAUAUGUAGUUAGCCCAUUGUGCAGCUCUAGUGCGACGUAAAUUAACAACAACAACAAUCAUAUGUAUGUUUUGAAAAUAAUAAUUUUUUUUUAAACUUUCUUGUCCAAUGUGCCUUCUAAUAUUUUAAGUAUUUCUUUUAGAUAUAGACUUAUAUAUUCUCCAUUUCUCUUAACUCUUGAGAAAACCUUAACUUUUUUUAAUGCAUGUUUCUACUCCAGGCAAUAGUUUUAUUUUUUACAUUUCUGACAAGUCACUGUGGAAUGUCCUGUAACCAAGUCUAAUGGGGUACUUACAAGUGACAUCACUUGUGGGUGUCAAAUCUGUAUAGCUUCUGAAUCAUGGCAUUUGUAUAUGCCAUGAUCAGCAGCCAAUCAGGUUUGGUGCCCACAUUUGACAUUGCUUGCUGGUAUUCAAUUGAAUCUGAUUCAAAAAUUUAAUCAGCAUGAUAAUAAAGCAAGCUUAAUAAGCUGUAAUGUUAUCAUGCCAUGUAGUUUAUACACAACCAGAUUAACUGUUUUCUUCUCAAGUUGCAAGUAUCCAAUUAAAAGAGUUUAAAUACUUAAAUAUGACAUAUCUCGUGGAGGCUUGCAUAAGUACAGUAAAAAUAUUGUGUUUCUUGACUGAUAAUAAAACUGCCAAUGAAAAUUAGGAUCAAAAUAACUUUUGAAAUAAGAUGGACACAUAGUUUGAUAACAGACAGUCUCAUAACUGUUUAUUAUGAAACUCUAUUUCAGGUUGUUUAUACUUAUAUGAUCGUUAAAUGAAUGUUGUGAGUUGUCUAAAACUAGUUUUUCCAUUUUUACACUUAACAAUUUUUUUUUUUAGUAUAUACAAUGACAUUAUACUUUGUUACAACUUAGCAAUUUACUAACAUAAAAAAAAUUCGUUGAAAUUUUGCUUUAUUUGAUCAAUUUUUUAUUAAUAUAUAGUAUAAGUUGAAUGCAUUUAUAUCUGUCAUAUUAAAUUUCUGUAAUUUAUUGUUAUUCAAGUUUUUCUAUUUCUUUUUACUUUGUACCUUUCAGGUAUAAAGUAAAUCAGGAUCACUGAUCAUUGUAUGCUGUGAAAUAUGUCUUAUAUUGCUGCUGGGUAUAUUAAAAUAAUGCUCUGUGUGAUAACAGUUUAUUGUUUACAAUUUGUGUUGUGUUCAUGUUUUUAUUUUCAAUUCAUUUUAAUCAGUACUAACUGUGACACUUUCAGAAUAAAAUUGUGAUAGUUGUUAACCUACCUGAGCUUGAUUACCGGGGGUUAGCAGUAACGUGCUGUCUGUGAUAAAUGUAAAAAGAAAAUUUUAAAAUAUCUAAAUAUUUUUCAUUCUUGUUUAAAACAAAUCCUGUUUUUUUUUUUUGCUCUUCCAUGCAUUGUGUGACUCACUAAUGUAUAAUCUGUCUAUUUCAAGAUAUUUAAUAUCAUUAUUAUAAUUUUAUCGAUUGACAUAUUAUAUACAAAAGACAACAACAAAUCAUUUUGCCACCCUGAACACCAAUCAAGUAGUUUUUAUGUUAUCAGCUUAAUUUUGAUAUGAAAAUCAUUAGAGAGUUAAAAUGCCAAAUAGGACAGUAGUCAUGACAUGUAACUUAAACUAUUCUGUUAUGUUAUUGUAAUUUGUAUUCAAAAUAUUUUAUUAUAAUUUUAGAAAUUGACUUCAUUUGACAUGUUAUAUUAAAAAGAUAGCAAUAAAUCAUUUUGACACUCUGA